AGAGAGAGAGAGAGAGGGAGAAAUAUGAAACAACUCAUUUGCAGAGGAGUAAAUCACGGAAUACCCGUUUGAGAGCGCGACAGGGCUUACAGCGCUAACACCGGAAUUGUGAUGCGCACGAGCCCCUACUCUACUUCUCCCUCUUCGUCUUCUUCUCCUUCCUAUUCUUUUUCUUUUUUUUUGUAUUCUUCUUCUUCUUCUUCUUCUUCUUCUUCUUCUUCUUCUUCUUCUUCUUCUUCUUCGCUGGAGAUUUUAUGGAACCGGUGUGAUUGUUGUUAUUGUUGUCGCGGUGUUUGUGGCUCUCACUGCUCUGGCUGGCUGCCGUUACGCGCACCGUUCGUCUGUUGUGGCCGUGAAGGGAAACACCACAACAACGGUCACCGACACCGGCGGCAGACCUGCCUCACACCCUCUCUCUCUCUCCAUCCCUCCCCUCCGUGUUUGUGUGUCGGUGUUUCUCAGGAAAAAAGGAAAAAGCGCUGAAAGCCGCGGCUCUCUUCCUACAGCGCCACUCUGACUCUGCCGAGCCAAACUGAAAAACAAUAAACACAAAAGAUGAGUUCAUAUUUCGUCAACUCGCUCUUCUCCAAAUAUAAAAGCGGGGACUCGUUACGUCCGAACUACUACGAGUGCGGUUUCGCGCAGGACCUGGCGGGCAGCCGGCCCACCGUGGUGUACGGACCGGGCUCCGCCGCUACCUUCCAGCACGCCCCGCAGAUCCAAGACUUCUACCACCACAGCGCCUCCACACUGCCCAGCAAUCCGUACCAGCAGAGUCCCUGCGCGGUCACAUGCCACGGAGAGCCGAGCAACUUCUACGGAUACGACGCGCUACAGCGGCAGACGCUUUUCGGGGCCCAGGACGCGGAUCUGGUCCAGUACAGCGACUGUAAACUGGGAAGUGCACCGGGUCUCGGCGGAGAGGACGCGGAGGGAACCGAGCAGAGUCCGUCACCGACGCAGCUGUUCCCCUGGAUGAGGCCGCAAGCGGGCAGGAGGCGGGGCCGGCAGACGUACAGCCGCUACCAGACCCUGGAGCUGGAGAAGGAGUUCUUGUUCAACCCGUAUCUGACCCGGAAGCGCCGCAUCGAGGUGUCGCACGCUCUGGCCCUGACAGAGCGGCAGGUGAAGAUUUGGUUCCAGAACCGGAGGAUGAAGUGGAAGAAGGAGAACAACAAAGACAAGUUCCCCAGCAGCAAGAGCGAACAGGAGGCGGUGGAGAGGGAGAGGAGGGAGAAAGAGCUGCGGGACGGAAGCGGAAGUGGCGACGGUGGAGGUGGUGAAGAAGGAGGAGGUCCGGCUGUGGUGGUGGGAACAGCGGGGUCACAGGCUGUGAGUGAGGAUUGCUGCGAGAAAACGCAAAUGUAGGGAGGAGAGUGUUGGGGGGUGUACAGGAGGGGAUUUUUAGUCUUAAUUGUGGCCAUUGGAUGCUCCACUGUCUCCACAAUUCAAUUGAUGGAAAGGAACUUGGGUCUCCAAAAUGGCGGCUGAGGAUGGACAGGAGGGGCCAACCGCCUCUGAAAAAAAAGAAGCAAGAAAGUGAACUAAAAAAAUAGAAGAGAGUGGUGCAGGAAUCAGUCCUGAAACCCAGAAAUUAGUAAACAUUCUAACAGAUCCGGUUCCCUCAUCUUGAGGUCAAUGGUGUUUUUGGUUAGAUGCCUGAAAUAAGAUCUGUGGUAGCGAGGUAAGAGAUGUUCACGUUUUGUUCUAAAACAGUUUUGCAUUUACGGUUCAAAAAUCAUAAAGUGGUGUUAAUAUGUGGAGAUUAUCCUGCUGAACAAAUCGUGUAAGGAUCAUAAAUGUGUGUUUGUCACAGAUCUUUUUUUGUCAAUAUUGCGAAAUCCAAUGCAAAAUGCCCAUUGAUUUGUGUCGAGGGAGCCCUUGUGAUGCUAACUUCCGGUCGAUUUACACAAAUGCCUCAUUGCUGCACCACUCUAUUAAUGAGGGCGUCCAACAAGCAUAGUCUACUCUAGUGUUUAAACAAAACAAAAAAAUAGCCUCCUUUCUUUGUGGAACAAUUAUCGUGGAAACAUUUCUAUAUUGUUAGAAGUUUAUCAUUAACAAUUUUAUCUUUGGCAGCUGUAUAGUUUUUAAGUUAAAAAAUGAUAAUGGUGCACUUUUUACUGUACUUCUUCUCACUUGUAUGUUGUUGUUGUUGUUGUUGUUGUUGUUAUGGCAAUGAUUGAUUGAUGCUGAUGAUGAUAAUGAUGACAUAGCAAUUAAUGACAUUUCCAACAACAGGAAACUGCCUAUUUAUGCCGUUUUAGUAGGUCUCUUUUUUACAAACUCUAAUUGUCGUUUUAGUUCGUUUUUUGAUCGAUGGUGUUUGUUUUAUGUUGUCUUCUUUUUCUCUUUUUGGGUAAAAAGCAUGCGCACAGUGCAGAAUAAAAAGAAAAGAGAACAUUCAUAAAAAUAAAAACGAGGAAAA